UGCAGAUUAUGUAGCUCGGGACUUUGACAUAUAUCGAUAACCUUAUCGCUCGUGGUAACAGGGGUACGGGUACAGAUUACAGGGGUUCUUUUUAGCUCUAACGUCACUGGCUCGCCGCGACCAGAAAUUUCUAAAAAGAUUUUGGUUGAACAUUUUUACUACUACGUACCCUCACAUGCCAUUGUAUUCUUCUUCUCCAUCCAUUGCACGAUAAGAUGCACCGCGCCUUGUCGUCAAGAUGGCUCAAUACCGCACUUAACCUUGCGGAACACCCAAGAAGAAUCGAGUUGCCUCUGUUUUUAUGUCCGUCUCUAAAUCCUGCGUCGUAUCACCAGAGACUUGGUGCUGCCGCAUCGUCUUCUCGAGUACGACCUUCACGAUGGAGGGUACAGCAUCGUUGUUUGCACAUGCAAGCUGAUGCGUCUCCAGAGGGCUCACCACUUCCUGAAAGCGGCCCCCAGAAGAGUGUUCCUACCCAGAGGCUACCAAAACAAUGCCGGGGUUGCGGUGCCUUGUCGCAAACUACUUUUUCCGAUCAACCUGGAUACUUUGAUUUAAGUCGCAAAGCUGUUCAAAAUUGGAUCCGACCUCAAUUGGUGAACCGUUCUCGCCGCGAGGAUCAAGUCUACGAAGAUGCGCUUAAACACUUCGACCACGAGGAGCUGAGAAGGAAGGGUGUCGACGUGGAGGCGCUUGCGCUAAGCAUAGUUCCUCCAGAGGCAUACCAACGACCGCCUCCAAAGGUACCCUUGUGCGAUAGGUGCCAUUCAUUACUACAUAAUCAUGCCGGAGAAUCGAUAUAUCACCCUUCGAUAGAAUCCAUUAGGGAUACGAUCCUCGAAUCCCCGUAUAAAUAUAACCACGUCUAUCAUGUUCUCGACGCUGCCGAUUUUCCCAUGUCCCUACUACCGCAACUUUCGUACCUGCUCGAUACCAUGCCUCUGAGGACCAAGAACCGUCGUUCCAUGACAGGGAAAUUUUAUGGUAAUCAGAAGAUGGAGCUAAGCUUCGUGAUAACUAGAUGCGAUUUACUCGCGCCGACGAAAGCUCAAGUAGACAGGAUGUUUCCAUGGUUGCAAGAAGUACUUCGGGAUGCUCUUGGGCGGACGGGACGUAAUGUACGUCUGGGUAAUCUAAUCGCCCUCAGCGCAAAACGGAGUUGGUGGACCAAGGAGCUGAAAGAAGAUGUAUGGAGACGGGGUGGCGCUGGCUGGAUGGUCGGCAAGGCAAACGUUGGCAAAAGUCAACUGUUCGAAGCUAUCUUUCCCAAGGGCAGAAUGAAUCUGACCCCUUCAAGACAUCAAAUCACGGUUGGAAUGCAGGCAAGGGCAUCGGGCAGGGACGCGACUUCAGUGGAGAAGACUGGAACCCAGCCAGGAUUAGCCCAGGAAGACUUGGCAGCUCAGGAGAUUGAAGAUAUGGAGGAAGAGGAGCUUGACGAAUACGCCCUUUUGCCGCCCGCAAUCAAGGAGACUAAUUACCCAGAAAUGCCGCUAGUUUCCGAUCUACCAGGGACGACAGCAUCGCCGAUCCGGAUUCCAUUUGGCAACGGUCGAGGAGAGCUAAUCGACCUUCCUGGUUUAGAACGCACUGGCCUUGAGAAGUAUGUCAGGAAGGAACACCGCUUAUCUUUGGUUAUGCGCUCUCGAAUCGUACCAGAACAAAUGACGCUUACACCAAGUCGGUCCUUACUUCUUGGUGGCUUCAUCCGCAUUACGCCGAGAGAGCCGGCACCCAUCAUGUUGGCAUAUGCAUUCACGCCAAUCGAGGCGCAUGUAUCGAGGACGGAGAAGGCGAUUGGAAUCCAGAACCAGACAGGCGAGGUCAACGUUGAGAAUAUAGCAGUACCAGGGACCGGAGAGAAGACAAAACUAGCCGGCUCUUUUGAGCUCAAAUGGGAUGUAACAAAGCAGCGAACUGGGCCUUUAAUGAGAAAGGAUGCCGUCAAUUUAAGUAUAGACCGGCUACCAUACCGAGUUCUGUCUACUGACAUCCUUAUCGAAGGUGUCGGAUGGGUAGAAAUCACUGCUCAAGUGCGCACAAGGGAUCUUUUCAAGGAGAAACCAGUAUCGGACACGCCGGCUGUUGAGGAACCUGAAGAGAAACCUGAAGAGAAAAAGGAACUUUCAGCGUUAGAAAAGUUGGAAGCUCUUGCCGAGGGUCCUAAAAAGAGGCCACCUCCUCCUCCCCCCGUUGAAAAGAAAAGGGAACUUUCAGCAUUAGAAAGGCUAGAAGCUAUUGCAGAGGGUCCCAAAAAGAAGCCACCCCCUCCUCCCCCUUCUCCCCCUGUUGAAGAGUAUGACGAGAAUGAUGAACCUAACUGGCCUAUCGUGGACGUGUAUACUCCCGAGGGCAAGUUCGUCUCUUCUCGUAGGCCCUUAAACGGCUGGAUGUUAAACAAGCCAAAGAAGAGUGCGGCAUCAAAAAGGAAUCGUCCCCGAAGGAGUAUGAAGGGUAGGAAGAAACUCGAGAAGAAGCGUCGGCGGGAGAAAGAAGCUGCUGCUGCUGGUACUUCUUCGUUUUAAUACUAUUAUAUCUCGCCUCUAGCUGUUAUACGCCUGUUAUACGCGUAAGGGGAAUAAACAUGUACCAUAUAAAAUAGAAGUGUUUGAAAUUUGUACCAUUGGUGUAUUAGUUGUGUGUAAAUUGACUUGUGAACUCUAUGUGAAUCAAUUAAGAGUAAAUCAAUUAAGAUGGGUCGGA